AUGGCAACGGACAAGGAAUUGGCUCAAUAUCAACGACCUCAUAUUGAAACUAAGCGGCAGAACGAUGAACAUUCAUUUAAGGACCGUGUUUCGACCGCUCUCGCUGCAUUGGAUGUGGUCCUGAAUAAGGGUUUGGAGACAGGAACGGCAAAUUUAUCUGGCGACCAGUUGCAAUGGGGAACGCCUAUUUACUACUCGCAACUGGCGGAAUUCGAUAUUAUAAACAACAGCACCACUUAUGGGGAACAUCUCCGUACUCUAUUGCUACCAGCAGGCCUCGGUUUUCCGAACAAGUGGGUCCAUCGUUCUGUAUCUAAAUCCGCCGACAAUCUCAUACUGAGUGCUUGGGAACUAUAA